UUCCCGCCUUUUCUGUUGUGUGAGGAGAGAGAGGUCCCGGGGCGGGCAGCCAUGAAGUGUGUCAUUGGGGGGACGCACCUCAGAGGUACCUGUUGCCUCAGGGGAGGUGGUGGCACAACGAGACAGAGUGAAGAGCCGUCCCCGAGUGGGGCGAGGCUGCCACAGUGGGGUUUGGAGCAGAGGAGCCCUUUCCCUCGUACCACCACACUGUGAUCAUCCCUCACAGAGCUCUGAGCUUGUGGUAAAAUCUGAGAGCAGGUUCUCUGUGGGCUUCUUAGGGCUAGAUCUAUAUGUCCUGCUUGUUCGGUCCUGUGGCCAUCCACAAAGUGACAUUUCUGACCAAAGCAGCAUUUUGUGCCAUCACAGUGAGAUCGUUUGUGGUGACGUCGGGUUGUACAGCAGCAAAGGGACCACCAAAUCCACAGCGCUCCUCAGCGGGUGGAAACACAGAGGUGUUAGCGACACUGAAAAAGAGCAAUGCUUUCCCCCACACCAUCAUUUCUCUUGGAAAAGCGUGGGAAAUAUCUAACCUUUCCUCUUAAAUUGUUCUGGAGAAAGUUACGAGGUGCAACUUGUUUUCCAGUUGACCUGAAAUGCAUCUCGUCCUGUUUUGUUUCCCUGGCAGUGUUUGGGAGAGCAGUACAUGCCAUGGCGCGGGUUAGUGAUGAGUUCUGCUUUGAUCCCAUAGACAAAGGUCUUGCCUUAAGAUCAGUGAAUUCCUCUCGGUCAGCAUACGCAUAUGUCUUCUUCUCAUCCAUGUUUUUUCAACAUUACUGCUGCACAGCUGCGCCUCAGCCCUGUCAGAAAGAAAGACAGUUGUCACUUGCAUGUAAAUUGAUCAUUAAGUCAGUUCUUCCUAUAUUCAGAUGUGUAAACAUGCUGGAAAGGCACGUGGAGAAAUGCAACAUUUACACAAACGCUAAAGAUCACCACAUAACUUUUCAGCUCCUCUGCAGAAAUGGUAUUGUAAAAACACAUAAUCUGGCUUUUCAAGAGUGUGACCCAUUACAGGCUGUUUUUGCAAAGCACCUGUGUCCAAAUGUCCUCAGAGCCCACUCCAGGCUGCUGGCUGAUAUAAUGGUUCACUUUCCAACGAGUCAAGAAGAAGUCACCUUAUCAGUUACUCCAACGAGGGUUUGCUUCAAGAGUUACACUGAGGAAAACACUGACUUUCCAAAGACAAUGGUUACCGAAAUACAACUGAAUCCAGAUGAAUUUGACUUCUUUCAAGUUGGAGUCGAUUCUGAAGUGACAUUUUGCCUUAGAGAACUGAGGGGACUGCUGGCGUUUUCAGAAGCUACCAGUGUUUCUGUCUCAAUCCAUUUUGACACGCCUGGGAAACCAGUUGCUUUCAGCAUUGAAGACGUGGUGCUGGAAGCCAGCUUUAUUUUGGCUACACUGUCUGACAGCAGAAGUGAGAUGGCUUCCCAGGAGCCUGCAUGCUUCUCACAGAUGCAGGAAAGCUCAAAGACAUGCACGGACAAAUCCAUCGAUAAGGAUGGCGGUGCUGAAGCAGCUGCUUCCAAAAAGCCACGAUGGAACAGACAGGCACAGAACACAGUGUCAGGGGCACCUGCAAGUCCCUUAGCAAAACAGGUUAGAAGCGUUCCCACAGUGUCAUACAGAGAUACUGCAGGCACAGGAGGAACAGCUGCAACAAAGGCAGAUGACCGGGCAGUGCUGGAAGCAGAGUCUCCUUAUCACAAGGUAAGGACCCUCCCAAUCACAUUUACGUUCUAUGAUAGAACAGUGACAUACCUUAGAUGGCAUUUAGAAGCUGCACAUUACACACAGUCCCAAUCUUCAGAAGUAAUCAGCCCCCAUGUUCUGUUUCACAUUUCUCAUUCCUGUGAUCUGCAUUUUCCAGUUCCAUUCGUUGUUCUUUGGAGCAGUUUCUUUUAAGGAGGAUGCCACCAGUCACACCUUCCAUAGUUUAGCAACAGCCAGUGACACAGAAGAGGAUUUUGGCAAGACGCAGAGCUCUCAAGUUCUCUAGUAACGUGGAGUGAAUGAAUCUAAGACUAUUGUGGGCUGCCCUGAAAGUCAAGUGUGUAUUUGGCAUGGCAUAGAGCUGUUUCUAGCUUUAGAACAAAGUUUAGUUCUAUUAUGAAAGCAUCCUGAACUUCUUAGGCAAGUUAGAACUUAAUGGAAACUAACUGUACCUCUAUUCUGAUCAUUCUAAAAGGGAGGAUGCUGUCCUAACACAAAGUUAAGUCAUUUAGGUUGUAUAUCCUGUUGAUAUGCUGCUUUGUAUGUCCACCUCUUCAGUCUCACAAGAGAGAAUUCAACUGUGUCAGAGCUUCAGACAAACAAAGCUGCUCUUGUGCAGUUACAAGCACUGGAAUAAACCUCCCACUCCAGUAUAGCCAAAUUAUUGCUUGUAUGGUUGUUGGUAUUAUGACAGAAACCUGUAGAACUAGCACUUAGCUGACAAGAAGUUGGCAUAAAAAUGCAUUCAAGAAAUAAAAAUGAUGUGAUAACUGAUUUGAA